UGUAAGAUUGCGAAGAUGUCCACGUAUCACUUGUAAUGCCCACCCUGACUACUGACUGAAGCUUACUCUUCACGUUUUCUUUUACUGACUGGUGCAUGUUUGGGAUAACAGACGUUUGCGAGACACCAUAGCGUAGUGUGGCACUGUGGCUUUCAUUAGCCGCCUGAAGCCCUUGUUUUCAACGACGCAAGACAGGCGCAUAUCUUUGCAAAUGAAGCCCGCAAUCGCUUCAGUUAUUUUGACAGAGCGUGCAGAAUUACCCGGUAGUGGUAAAGUUCGCUCGAGUUUCAUUUGUUGUGGCCCGGUGGAUGGCUUGGAAAGGAGCGCUGGGUGAUGUCGCGUCACGUGACUCGUGAGGUGGGUCAUAUUUCCGCCAUACUGCAACACUUCCAAUACCUCUAUUCGGCAUAACAUGCUAAUUGCUAUGCUUUUGUCGAGCGCAUUUUUGGUUUGGUCCCGACUGAACCCAAAAUGGUGCCAGACCAUUGCUACGAGCGUUUCAGGCGUUUUCAAACCCGGCACGUUGCUAGUGUUGCCACUGUGAGGAGCCAUGUUGUUUUGACUUUGGUGUCCCAGGUGCGCGCCUGCGUCAAAGGGGUUGGACUUCACCCGGAGAGUAUGUGUUAAAACGUAAAUUAAUUAAUCCGAUCUUUGGACCUACGAAUCGAUUUUAUAGAAGUGACGUACGAAUCGAUUCAGAAUGGGAAAAUCGAUUUUUUAAACACAGCACUAAUAAAAACGCUAGUUUUUGAUCAUGAGAAGUAAAUCUCCAGCCAUCCUCACGCGGUCCAUCUCUUCAUGUGUCCAGCCAGAUCUGUGACUUUAGUAUCCUAAGCAGCAAUGUGUGGAUUUCUGCGAUUUAGUUAUUCUUCUUUCCCAGCAAAAACCAUAGUCAUGUGUACCGCCACGAUGCAUCGUGUUUUACACAUAUUUACAGUUAUAUUUACAGUUUGAGCUGUGAGUUGUGAGAUUUCGUCAUUAAAAAAUAGACAAUUAUUCUGAAGCCGUGGCAGUGGGCCAAGACGGUUUACACGGAGGAGAAACCCUGAACUGUCUUCUUUGUCUUGUACUGAUAAAAGACCAGCUGCUAUGUGCUACUAUGGACAGAGCUGGAUGACACUUUCUGGAAAUAUAUGGAAUGGGACAAGAGCAAAUGAUCCAAUUUUGGGAGUGAUCUGGAUCCAGGAAUUGCUUAAAGGAUUCUUUAACAUUGGGAGAUCAGGCCGUUUUCGAUUAACAUUUCGAUCGAGGUAUUUUUUUGUUUUUCUUUGGAGGACAUUUUGUGGCUGACUGUUUUCACGGUGGACUGAACCAUGUUUGCACUCUCUGAGUGAAUUUCUAGCCGUAUUAAUUGCUUGGUGUAGAGCCAUCAGAGAGGCCCGUCGUAGCAAGGAGUCAUGAGGGGGAGAUGUCUAUUUUUUAACAUCAUGUGAUUAGGGUAACCACACUUCCCUAAAUAUUCAGUUGGGCAACUACACAGUCUGGAGUAAAACAUUGAGUAGGACCAUGCAGCAACUGAAGACCUGUUUUGUUUUUUUGUUUGUUAGUUAGUUUUAGUUUUUUUGGUUUGUGGUUGAUGGUUUUUUCUUGUCUCUGGCACAUACUGCAAACCAUAGCAUGUGCUUCAAAUGAUUCUGUUUUAUUUAGCUCCUGUUUCAGAUUGCUUGCUUGUUUGCUCACGCUAUUUUGUAUGCGCAAACAGGGAUCUUGAAUAAGCUGCCUCCAACUGUUCUAGUUAUCUAAUUACUUCCACCUUUUCUCUUGUUUCUCUGUCGUUACGCUCAAUAAAACCUAGAGAAGAACCAAAUGGGAUUAGCUCAAACAAGUGAAGGUCAGCCAAUAAGUUACAAGACAGUUACACAACAGGGGGAAGUCCACUGGUUUAGCAUGAUGCCAUUUGUCUGGGUGCAUUGUGUUCUGCUUGAAAUUCAAAAAAUAUAUAAUUGAGGUGACAGUGUUGUCUAAAUUGACAAGAUGUUUUGACAACAAGUCAAAAACUGCUGUCUGAAGUCCACCCUGAGACUCAACAACGGUAACAAACAACAAGACUUCCUCAUCAAGACCCCAUUGUGAGGAAGAGGAGUAAGAUGUCCCACCCUGGAUGAGUCCCACCACAGUAAGAGACUGGAGACGAAAGUCUCAGCUCUGAGAGAAAGUGGAACAAGCACUCAUCAUUGAGGUCCCGCCCUGGAGACGAGGAGUCCUUCGCGCAAGAACCAAUAGAUGCAAGAGCCGGACUGGGCUUCACUGACUCUGGGCGUGUUUGUUUGUCAAGCUUGCUCGCUGCUUCACCGCACCAUCCCUCACAUCAGCCAGGUCAAGUCGGUGCAGGACACGUGGGAGGCCAGCGAGGUAGAGUUGGUGUCUGCAGUGGGAAACAAUGCCGCAAAAGCCAAGUUCGAACAAGAAGUCCCGCCUUUCUACUACAGACCAACGCACAGCGACUGCAAGCUGCUGAGAGAGCAGUGGAUCCGAGCCAAGUACGAGAGGAACGAGUUUGAGUUCAUAGAGAAACAGGAACCUUAUUCAGCAGGGUACAGAGAGGGGUUUCUAUGGAAACGAGGACGAGACAACGGUCAGUUCCUCAGCCGAAAGUUCAUCCUGUCUGAGAGGGAGGGAGCCCUCAAAUACUUCAACAAACAGGAUGCCAGGGAUCCUAAGGCUGUAAUGAAAAUUGAAACCCUGAAUGCAACGUUCCAGCCAGCCAAGAUCGGAAACCCCUGUGGGCUACAGAUCACCUACCUAAAAGACAACAGCACAAGGAAUAUCUUUGUUUACCACAGCGAUGCCAAGGAAAUGGUAGACUGGUUCAACGCCAUCAGAGCUGCCAGAUUUCACUACCUGCAAGUGGCUUUCCCUGGGGCAAGUGAUGAAGAGCUCGUACCAAAACUGACAAGAAAUUUCAUGAAGGAAGGCUUCAUGGAGAAAACUGGUCCAAAGCACACUGAGGGAUUCAAGAAGAGAUGGUUCACCAUGGAUGACAGGAGACUCAUGUACUUCAAAGACCCCCUGGACGCGUAUGCCCGUGGUGAGGUCUUCAUUGGCAGCAAGGAGAACAGCUACACGGUUCUGCCAGGCCUGCCGGCGUCUACUCAGGGUCACCGCUGGAAUCACGGCAUCACCAUCGUCACCCCGGACAGGAAGUUCCUCUUCGCCUGCGAGACAGAGGCCGAGCAGCGGGACUGGAUCGCCGCCUUUCAGAGAGUCAUCAACCGACCCAUGAGGCCGCAGGAAUAUGCAGUGGAGGCUCAUUUUAAACACAAACCUUGACGUGCGCUGGACGCCGACCAUCAACUGAAGGAGAACAGCCAGACAUGGGAAGGUGGACGAUGGUGGUGAACAUGCAAGGUUCCCGGCAGGAUCAAGUCGGGGAAAGUGAUGACGCUAUAAAUGACGGAUUUGAAUUCUUGAAAAACUUAACUGAGGUCAGGGGUUAAUGAUGUCAUCGCUGCUGCUGCUGCUGCUCGAUCGAUCCGCUGCAGCGCCUCUCUUUUCGCCACAUUUUCCAUCCAUUUAGUGAUUCAUCCGACUUGGAAAUUAAACUCAAUCAUCCCAUCGGUUGCCUGGCAACCGUGUUUAAUUUAUUGAUUGUACAGUUUUGUUAACUAUUAAAGUGUGAGUGUGUGUGGCAUUCUUCCAUUAAGGAGGCAGGCACGGCAAAUGAUGCACCCAAAGCCCCACGGGCAGACGGUUCAAAGGAAGGUUUGUGUGCAGCGUCCUCUAUUUAUUUGUACUGUAAGACACUGAGUCAUUGUCAGCCUGCUGCUGUAACCGAUUGUAAUGUGAGUGGAUUGUAAUUUAAAUGUUUUAUUUUUGCAUCUCAUUCUCUAGACUGUAACAAGUUGGAUUGUGAAAGUCAGAAAUCUCUCCUGCUAAUUUUGCCAGUGUGUUUUUAUUUCCAACUGUAUCUUAAUAAACUCAACAUGUGAACAUUUUAAUAUUCACA